GUGGCUUCUAUCUUCCAUAUAUUGGCUUUUCUAUAUCUGCUUACCUCUCGAGUCUUUGAUUCCCGCGCUGAGGACGAAAAGGAUGAACCAGAAAAAAACCUUGCCGCUGAAAUUAAGUCUCUUCGAAACGCUCUAGGAGCUCUGUCCCGCCAGGUGAUGUUGCAACAGCUGUUUGUCGAAGAACGUAUCAGAUCCGACGGUGAUUCUGGGGUAAAGCAAGUACGUCUUGCGAAUGAUGGAACCCGAAAUUACUUUUCGGAAGCUCAUGGAUAUGCUAAAAGGCUUUUAGCGAUUCACGACCACACUAACAACAUCCGCACAGUUGGGUUAGGAGAAUUCGUUGGAGUUCUCAAUGGUGUGGAGUUCAGGACCAGGCAUAAUGAUUACCGUCUGUUCAUGCCCAGUACGAAAAACAAAGAGUAUCACGCCACAGAAGAGAUUCCGUUCCCCGAUGUUCCACCAGAGGUCAAAAGUAAACCUACUGUAGAAGAAGAGAUCAUUGAGAUGCGUGAGUGGUUAAAGGCGUGGAAAGAUCAAGACUAUAGCGUUAGAGACUACAGAAAGUACUGCAAGCCUGUACUUUGUUACCUUGAAGGGGCAUGGUCAACCGCGACCAAGGACAUCGACGAGCCAUUUGAGAGCGACCGGCAUUUCAUUGAUGCUCAAACUUGGUUCGAAUUACAAGAGAAAAUUCGUUUCACCUCUUAUACUGGGAGAAAAGACAAUUUGGAAAACUUCUCCUUUCUACCCACUACUAUUAUGGAAUUAAUUAAUGAGACUAUACCUGUUUUCGCUCAAUGGAUUUACCGAAUUCUCUGCCAUCCGUUAAGGCGUGACAUACCCACAAACAGGUUUCGUAUGGUUGAUGAGUUGUAUUCCAGAGUUCCAGCUCAAAGAAAUUACUCGGAUCACCAAAACUUCAGAGCAGCAAGAUUUCAACUAAAUCCCAAAGACAAAGACAAGUGGUCCGAAAGAUUCAAUUCUAACCCCAAAUUUACCUUGCUGGAUCAACUCAUGAGCGAGAUUCCAGGAAAAGACAACUAUCAAGGCAAUCUAAUAGAUGAAGCAUUCGACCUGCCUGCCCAAACUGUUCAUCCCAAACAAACAGGAACGCUAAACGCUGCUUAUUAUCAUCGACUGUUCAAAGUAAUGGAGAGAGAUGCCAUGGGUCAGUCCAUACGUCAUCGUGGUUAUUCAGAUGCAAACCUGUACGUGGCCUUGACCAGUCAGUCAAAAGUGGCCGGAAUGAAUCUUAAGAUCUGCAAGGGACCAAAGCCAAACUCCCGAUGCAAAGAAGUCAAUCAGAAGGUCUCAUAUGCCAUUCCCAUGGAAAUAAUUUUUCUGACACCUUUAAGCAAUUGGAAUCCCUUUGAUAUUGAGUACAAAGGACCCGAUAAAGAGCCAUAUGGAAAGACAGUCUUUGAAAAUGGAAGAAAUGGAGACAGAAACCCUAAGAAGGCUUACAAUGGUACUAACAGCAGGAAGUUUUAUCAGACCCCUGAUGCAUUUUUCACGGGAAAGGAGGUGAGUGUCGAUGCCGCGGACACUACCAGAGAAAGCGUCGGCGUUUUAGACAGAAAUGGUAGGGUGAGGAUCUGUCGAGCGAGUGGAGUCAGAGUCUUCCUUCCACCUAUAAAAGGAAUAGGAUCUUUGCGUCAGCGCUACCCCAUAAUGCCUGUUCAUGGAGAGGGAAGCGCAGUGUGGAAAGAGCUUGGAGCUAUGAAAGAUCUUCUCCUGCAGUCAAAAACUUAUGGUUACCUCUUCAGGGAACCAUUAGGGGGCUCUGGUGUCGGGUCAGUAGCACUACCAGAGAGAUCGCUCACACUUCAGAUGGAAGACGCCACAAGAACUCCCCCAGGUGCACAUAUUCACGAAGUGACUUUAACACCACAAGAGGUAAAAGACGCCAAGACAAAGGGGAAGCACAUUACAAAGUUAACGACGCAGGGAGCUGGGCAUCAACACACCAUUAGAGUUGCUUGGAAAAACGACAUCUGGGUGAUUCGCAAAUGCGAUGAGUACGACAAGAAAAAGUACAAAUGUUUCGACCAACAUGGAAUGUACUUAAGUGAAGAUUUAAACGCUUAGAGGGGCAUUUGACACAGCACUAUUUUUCUUCUUCUUUAAGGGAAUCGUUAGAAAUAUUCAGUUUUAUUUCAAACAAGAAACUGGGAAAAUUGAGUAAACUAUACUUAUUAAAUAGUAAUUGUUGCCUUAUGGGAAAAGGCUGAAAUAAAAAAGGGGAACAAUUAUGUGCCUUAAAGAAUUUGCUUAUCAACGGCACCUGCAUAUCUAAUGCUGCUUAGGCAGAUAGCUGAGUGAUAUACUUCUAUCGAGUUUUGAAAGCUUCUGCAAACAGGAAUUUUUUACAACGAAUGACUGACUGCAGGUUUCUGCCUUUUACAAUGAUAUUAAUGUGGAACUCUAAAAAGAAGUCGUUUGAAUGCUUUCCUUAGGUCUGUAUUUUCAUGGCGAUAAGCCAGUUGAGACUGAAGCAGUUGAAGUCUCUAAAAAUAAAAUUUACCAGUCUUUCUCGCUUGAAACGCAGCAGCCCCUUGAAAUAUUUGUCGCCAGACCUCUAUGCGAUUCCCAAUUCAGUAUUUUCCGCCUGUUUGCACGCGUAUGAGUUCUGCUACCUCAUUCUUAUUCACCAUAUGGAAAGAGGAACGAGUGACUGGCCGUUUUGUUUUGUUUACAGCGAGCGUCACCAUAGGGAGUUGAAGUUUGCUCUCGAAUCAGAAAAGCCACGAAUACGACAGUGGUCGCUACCUGUGAUUUUUUCAUGAAAAACGUGAUCAGCCAAAUUUGCUUGAAAGUUCUGUUCUUCUCCAAUAGAAAUCGGAAAAAACCCAAACGACCAAACAAACCUAGAUCAUCUGAGCUUGAUAAAAAGAAAACUAAAAUAAGACAUAUUUGAUAUCUUAAGGAAUCUACUAGCGCCUGGCAACCAAGUGACAUUCUAAAAAGGCGCCAUGUUAGGUUUAUGUGCUAUGAAUCUAUGUACGAUGGCGUUGCAAAUUGGCUAACAUAAAACAGACAAACAUCCUCGACUGUGCAAACGAUUUAGAGAUGAUAAAAGUUACGAUAGGACUUUUUUCACCUUUUUAAAAUCAACUCGAAGCUCGCUCCAUUUCACCUGGUUAACUUUUUCUCACUCAUGAUAUGAUAGCUGAUCCCCUUAGCAUUUCUUUGUUGUUGUUUUUUCGUGAGAGAAUUUGAAGUUAAGAUAUAUAUCCCCAAUAUUACCUGUCUUAUUGGUAGGUAGUAUUUAAGGAAAUGUGUUAAAUGUCACUCCUGGGCAUGGAUGGGAUUGAACGGGUUUAUAUAAUUAGUGAACAAAGGACAAAACGUGCCUCCUGUUAAGCAUCUCACAUCCAAAAUGUGAAUUAUAGUUUCCCUGUUCACUUAGCAUGAAUUGCUUACAUCUCUAACACCGCUCUCGAUGUCUUAGAAAUGUCCAUUAAAUUAACAUUUUCAGUUUUUCCUUUUUUCCUCAUGCAGAAAAUGUGGAUUUGAUUAUAGAAAAAAAAAAAACGGAAAAAUUUCAGCACAGCUGCGUCGAGGCACGUGAAGUGGAGAAUGCGCAUAACUGUAACUAAAGAUAACUGAUAUUUCGGUGUCACCGUAACAAAUUAAUUCUAACGUAUCGUGCGGCGAAUGUAAAUUUACAGGGAACUUUACAGCUUGCUUGAGUCUAAUUGCAGGUGGAGACUGGAUGUUAAUUGUCUUACAGAGAAUAUUUCGUUUACCAGAAUCAAAUUUGUUAACGCAGUAACUCAAAUGCGAAAACGUCCCAGUAGGUCAUAUUUGAGUGUUUUCCAAGUGUUUAGUUUUUCGGUGUCACCGAAUUCAUUACUUUUUAAUGUUUUUUUGUAAUUUUCAUUUAAAGUUAUUUGCCACACCACAAUAAAAAAAUUUACAAGGAGGAAUGAUAAGGUAAGAAAAUACUGCAACAGUUCUUCCCUGUGAACGCCUCUUUUAGUUUCUUAGUUUAUUUUUGCCUUCCUGAUUUUACGUUUACCUAUACAUCUUGCAUCCGUGAAGAAAAUAUUUUUCCUCGUUUUAGUCCACAAAGCGCAGUUUUAAGGGUUUUCACACCGGGUUCUUUGAGUUCUUUGCAAAGUGCGGUAUAAAUUAUAUGAUCUUGGUCUAAAAAGCCUGCUUCUUCAUUUUUUUAAAAGCUUAGCAAAUAGAGGUCAGGUUAAAUAAAUAACAUGACGAAGGUGAAAUGGUUCGCAUCAUCAUCAGGCAAAACUCCAGCCGGUGAAAAGUUUUUUUUGACUCCACCUGCACCAUAUGUUUUUUUUAACUUUAUCUUCCGAAGAACGGCAGAAAAGAAAUACCGGUACUGCAGAUGUACAUAAUGUUUUAUUUCAAUUACACACCAUAGUCGCUAACAGAAACCUGCGCAAGAAUCCGACAAACAUCUUUUUCUCGUUAGCAUUAUCAGAUCUUCUCACAGUGACACUAUAGUUGAGCCAUUUGACAUAAAGAGCGUCUCUUUUCAUUUUCAAAGAGCAUCUGGAACAAUAGAGAGAUGAUGUGCAGGACACGGGUCACAUUGUACUUCACGACUGUCCCUACCUCGAUCUUGACUCUUCUGGCCGUCAGCGUGGAUCUAUACAAGAUUCUCAGUGAUCCUGGGAAUCCUUUUCGCCUUUGCGGAUUUACGACUGGGAAGGAAGGUUUGACAGUAAGCCGCUCAUAAUAUGGCUUUACAGUUCACUGAUGGCCUCACUUCCCGUUAUGGGAUGGCAAACAGAUGAAGAGCUCGUUCAUAUUGAGCUCUGUAUUGUUCCCUUGCUUCCGCUCUUUUAUCUUCCCAUCUCUGUUCUGAACCUCAUUUUACUAAUCAUGGUUACGAGUGGCAUUUACCUUAUCGUUUCCAGUUACCACAAAAACGUCGACAUAGAUAACAGCCGAAAACUGCGCUCCACCGAAGAAAAAAAAAUGUAUUUGAAGAAUGAACAAGGUGGUAAGACGAUAUUUUACUUAGUGGGGGCUUUAUUCUGCUGCUGGUUGCCGUACUCCUGUGUCAGUCUUCUCUCUUUCCUUUGCAGAAGCGUCUACAUCCCAUUUAAAGUUUUCGUGGUGCGGUUAAUGGUUGGUUACCUAAACUCCGCACUCAACUCAUUUCUUUUGACAUUUCUCGACAAAAAAUUCAGAGCUGCCGUGUCAGGUUAAAAUAUUUUGAGUUAAGAUCUAUAGUUCUUCUUUAUUUAAAAGUUUGUUCAUUAAUCCUCGUUCCAUACCACACGAGAACGUAAUUACCUCGUAACAUGUUAUUUAUUAGAAUAUUUGUAAUUUGUGAUGAAGCCGAUGCGUUUGUUUGAAAUGUCCCAUGAAAUUGACCAGCUAUAAAACCCAAGAAUUUCGUUUAAAAAGUAAUGAAAGGUGGGAGAGCAUCCUGAUAUUGUUGCAAACCAAGAAAAUAAGCUGUCUCAAUAGCGUUGUGCCAGAGGACACUGAAAUGUCAACAACCCUUACAGCAAACGAAUGGAACUCUAUUCAAGCCCACGCAUUGUUCUUAAUCCGGCAAAAGCAGGCAAGGGAAGGCCAAGAUGACCGGCGGGCAAGACGUGGCGAAAAACAGUCGAAAAAGAGCUUAGAGAACAAGUACUGAGAAACCUGAAUUGAGGCAGCCAUAUGUGCAGAGGAUAGCGUGGCCGUGAGAUCGAGUAAGAAGGAGUGGCCCUAUUCUUCACAAGGAGAGGAAGGAACAAUGAUGAUGACUGUGUGUAACGACUUUUUCAAUGUAAGGCCUGUUAACUGCCCGGCAGGCUACAUCCUGUUGUAGAAAGAAAAUAACAAAUACAGACUUCAUUCACAAAGAGUGGAAAACCCUAAAAAUAAUACUAGUUUUAGCCAUACAUCCAAAAUACGCCUUAACUGAAACGGAAAUUUAUGGAUCAGUGUGCCCUUAAAACUACAGAGUUAAGUACGUCAUACAUGCAAUGGGACACGUAGGUAACAAGAUGAGGAUACUUUUAAGAAAAUUCACGCAUGAGUCAGUUGUGGGCUGAGCACGUAUCACCCUACGAUUCAUAUAUAGUACGAAAAUUCGAGACUGACCUCGCUCACCGCAAGCGCGCCUCUGGAAUUUCCUUGUUAGGGAAUAGAUUCCACCUAACCUGUUAGGUUUUUGAAUUUCAGUCCUUAGAAGCAAACAUGCAUGGGGGAAUUACCUUUGCACAAGAAGCCGAUAAACCUUGGUAAAUAAUUCCUAUUCUUGUCUAGGUUGAUUUACAGGGUUAAAUUUAGCGUGGCGUUUGCGACUCACGAUUAGGAAGAGGUUAGCAAAGGGAGGGGAUCCUGAUCUCGUUUCACGCACGAAUUUUAGGACAUUUCAAGUGUCACGUAUACUGUAAACAGCAUUUCAGAGAAAUCUUGAGGUUUUCACGAAAUGAACGAAAACUUGUCAUGUAUAUAUUUCAGGAGGCAAAUCAACCUCACACCGGUGCAUAAAUUCACGAAUCACUCUCGUUUUUCAGUAAACUUCAUUCGUCACGUAUUAAUUUUGGCCGCAACUCGCGUCAUGCACGUACAAGCCGUUUGCCUUUCUCAGGAAAUAGUUUAAAGCGUGGAAACACAGACGGUGUACCGCUUUGAGGAAAUGUAUAAAAUUGAGCAAACUUACCGAGAAGUUCAAAUGAAUGAAGUUAACCUCUCUGGAUCAACACAACGGAUCAUCUACCAUCGCUUCUUUGCCUCCACUUUAUACCGAGUGAUAAUCUGAAGUAAGUUAUCAGCUUAACUCUUAUUUCAUUUUAAUCGUCUAUAAAACUGAUGACAUCAACAACAGACGAUAGCUGUAUUUUGAGUGGAGUUAUUGACCUCGAUGGAAUUUGUUAUUUGAGUUUGCGAACAUCUUAUUAUCAUACCUUUGCAAACUGGCGUCGAUGAUGUUAAACUAUUAUUAAUUUAGCUCGCGAAGAGUUCAAGUAUCCCUUGACUAACCCUCAUGACAAGACGAUUAAACUGGAUGGCAAAUUUUCGAUUAGUGGGACGGCGCUUAUCGCAGAAUAUUAUCCGGGAGUUUAUGAUAUUAUCUAAUCAUAGCUGGCAAAUUUAACUUGAUGUUUUGAGGACUAGCAAUCAGUCACGCGAACAACUGACUAGAGCUGUUUUGACCAGUAUUGAUGGCUACUGCAACGUUACAGUGAGAAUUUUACAAUAAAAAAAUUAAUCUUGAUAUGUGAAAUUGAAUAGUACUUAAGAAACUACGAUCUAGUGUGACUUUUAAUGUGUAACUUGAGAUAAGAAUUACGGCCUUACUGCGGUUAUCAAUUGAAAUCGUGGUUCUCCUGUCCCUAGUGUCUUUUUGGUUUUCUUGUUCGGAUUCAAAGCCGGACGAGAUUUUUUUAGUACAAAAGGCAAAAUUUUCUAGUGUGCUACUUUCUUUGUUAUCAGUAGACCUUUUUCUCGCGCUGUAAAUAAAUAACUCAAGGGAUUUGAACCUCUAUACGUUUUUAUAAAACGUGCAGUACGACGAAGGCAGUAUUAUGUGCACAAAAUGGAAAUCUGUAAUUUGCGAAAUGCAAAUUUUUAAUUUCGAAGGAGAAAUCCAGUGUAAUUUGCGAGCGACAACAACUGCUUAAAAAUGUUUUUACCGAUAACCGGAGGAGUAAUUAGAAGAUGAACUGUCCGCUAGAAUUUUCCUCUUUUCCUCUCUGUUGCAUGCAUUUCAGUAAUGCAGCCUCUAGUUUGCAGCCCACCAGUGAAAUUUUCCAUAUGAAAAUGUAUGUGGUUACUCAGCUGGCGUUCAAGAAGAUAUAUUGUCUUUUAAAAAAUUGUCAACAAUGCAGCUGGCUCAUCGAUUAGUGGUAGUUUUCUCAGGUAUUCAACUGUUGGUGUCCUAUGGCAACGAAAUCGUCUAAAGAUCAUUAUUAGAUUCACAGAUUAGGGGGACUUUGCAGUGUGCUAAAUGUGAAAAAAGAACAUGUAGGAAAAAACCGUAGCCUUCGAAAAUCUCACAAUUUAGUUUUCCUGUGGGAAAAAAGUGUUUUUUACUUCGGGAACAUACAUACUAUUUGAAAUUUAAUAUUACGGGUGCUAGUAAGGUACAUCUAUUUAGUAUUUAUGUUAAAAGUCGAUUUAUAAAUGAAAAUUCGUGCUUCUCGUUUUAGAGAAACCAAAAUUUGAAAAAAGGAAAAGUUCUUGGUUUGACACAAAUAAGUCAAGAUGAAACUGUAUUAAUCUUGACGAGCAUCUAAAGUGGGACGAAACUAAAAUGAAAAGAAACGUUUUAUUUGUUUUUAUAAUAUCAAUGGAAAUUCAGGUGUUUUUCCAAUGUCAUCAAAAGUUCGGCUGACAACAAUAUUUACAUCCCACCUCCUACACUUUAUGGUCUGCAAAAAAUUUCUUCGUAGGACUCUUUUGGAAAGUUGGACAAUUUUUCUCCAUUGAAGAACCUUUAAUUGCCAAGAGCCCCAAUAUAGAAGGUAGACAUACAAAUCCUGUUUAGUGUAAAUAUUAAUUAACAGUCUUUACGAUCUGUAUUGUUCAAGUCCAAACUUUUCUCCUCCGUAAGGGUGAGCUCAGUUAAGCUACAUGAAACUUGCUUGGUUUCUAAGAGCUGUUUAUAGAACUUUCAAGCUGGACAGUCUUUGAUAAGGGUGCAGUUGUGGAACAAGUAGAUUAAUUAAUAGAGUAAUAGGAAAAAUACCCCACUUUGAUGACGCAGCGUUAAAUUAUUAAUCUAUGAAGACAACUAGAGCCGAAAAUGUGCAGAAUGGAACGGUUUAAAGCUAAUGUGGUGAGAAGGCUCGCACACCAGUAGAGUUAUAUAUCAUCGCCGGACACAAACAAAUGUUUGUGCUCAUUUUUCCUGCAGAUUAUACACUAUCAUGCUGAUCCUCAGAAAAAAAGGAUAAGGAUGAAAAAGAAAUCUCUACGUAUUGAAACUCGGAGGGAAAAUUGACAUCUGGUGAACUACAGCAAGAGAAAAGAUAUAUUUCCUUUGUAGGGAACAUUUAAAAGUCUGUCAUUCAAUAAUUGACUUCUAUUUCAAUUUAUUCUUGAUUUUUUUUAGUCAUGAACUCCAUCUAACAAUACCAUAAGAUAUCUAAAGGCUUUAACCAAGCAAAAGCGUAAGCUGCAAACUGUUUUUAAAGUCAAGAAGUCAUUUUAUUUGAUGAACAUAAUACAAUGCAGCCAAUAUCUCUACGUGACCUUGAACAAUUUCAAACCGUAACAAGAUGAGAAAAGAUUAACAGCAUGCCAGUUACAUGCUACAAAUCAUACUCGGGCUCGUUUCAUACGUGGUUGUCUUUUCUUGUCCUUAAUUCACGAUAGAAAAACUUUGCAGCUAACAGGAAAAAGAAAGUAAUCAGCUAGUUUACAACAUUUCAGUCGCUUUGGGCAACACAGAUAAGUAAACAUGCUUUUAGAGAAAACAGAAACCGAAAAACAUGAUAUUCCAAACAGCACUUAGCUGGGGAAAAGAAAACUAUUUAAACAGGAACAAUAGUCAGCGUUGUAAACUCAAAUAUUUAAAGUUUAACUUGAACAAACUGCUGAAAAGAAAACAAAGAAGUAAUGUGUUGAGUAUUCUUUCAGGUGCCCGGUGAAACCUUCCUUCCACAAACAAUAUGGUUAGUUAUGGUGAGAACUGUUCAUCUGAAAUUUGCUAGGUCAAUGUCAGCUUUAAAUAUCGUACAAUCUCAAAGGCUCCCAUUUAAUGAAUUAACGGAAACAACCAUAUGUUCAAACAACCUUUCUGUAAAGAAUUGCAAAACAAGUACACACCGACGAAUAUUGAAUUAAAAUAAACAUUAAUAUGCAGUUUGACAUGCCUAAAACCCUUAAAGAGGAGACACUCUUUGCAGUCAGAAUCAUUUUCCCGCGGGCUUCGAAACGAGAGGGUACUUAGUCAGAGAAGCUUUGCAAGGGAAAAGGUUUAGGCUUUAAACAAAAGGUACUAGUAUCAGGUAAUGCAUGUUAUUUCUCUACGCUGAUAUAUUUUUCAAUUUUAGUCCUUUGUUUUCAUCAUUCGUUUGUUUGCAUCUUGUUCGCAAAAUAGAGUAGUUCUUUGGAAAAAAUAUUCAGGAAAGCAAAAAUUAGCCGGACCGAUAAGUAACCUUAAUCGAGUGCAUAUACAACUCUCCAUAUAUUUAUUGAAUGGAAAGUGUCAUCGCGAAAAAUACUUUUGGCACCUUUUAAUGUGGAUAUCAUGUCGUCGUCAAUUUCGAAGAAUGAUCAUGAUUAUUAGGAUGCUAUUAAGAAUUACGUAUAUAUGAUAAGUGAUAUUGGUUUUGAAUUAUAGCGGAUUCAUGCUCAGGUUAAGUCUUUCCAUUUUCCGAUUUAGUUUAACACGACUUUUGCUCGUAUAAUCACAUAUUGGUGGAUAUGUGUUAACAUGAUUUAGAUCAAUAAGGGUCUCACUAAGAGAAACUCCUUGAGCACUCUUUAACCCACGACUCACGCAGAUGUUUGACUCAGAAAUAUGCAAAAUGAGUUUUACCUGGCAGUGCAAGGCAGGGGAAUCUCGAACAUCCUCGAAAUCUUUUUGAAAACACACUCAAACAAAUAAAAGAUAAAUCUGGCGGUAUCUUGUUUAGCGGUCACUCGCUUAGACUCUUUGUUGUUAUUUGGUCAUUUCUCACGUAAAAAGGACGGUCACUUAACUCAGUUCCCUCAGAUUAACAAGUCUUCGAAAUGGAACAUUGUUGCUCAAAUCCUGGCAAUACAACAAUUUUAUGCUCCAACAACUUGGAAAGUAAAACAAACAUUCGACAAAGUUCCAAACCCAAGAAGCUUUGUUACAUGAUAUUCCUAAGAAAUCCUUGCUUUGCUCACAGUAUGACGGUUUAUAAAAUCGUAGAUUUUUUUAUAGUGGUUGCUAAUCAUUUAUUAAUGACAACAUUUUCACUCUCUCGAUAGAAAUGACUCCACCCUUCCGAGUAAUACUUGUUGUUUUGGCAUGCGCAAGUCGUAUGCAAGCAGAUGCAAUUGGGGAUGCUGACAUGAAGCUUGCCAAAGAGUUAAAAACAUUCCGGAAUAUUUUGGGUGCCCUGUCCCGCCAGGUGAUGUUGCAGCAGUUUUUUACCGAAGAAAGAAUCAGAUCUGAUGGCGACUCUGGUGUAAAGCAAGUACGUCUUGGGCAUGAUGGCACGCGAAAUUACUACUCGGAAACGCACGGAUUUUCUAACAGGCUUCUAGCAAUUCACGAACACGCCAAUAAUAUUCGCACAGUUGGUUUAGGAGAAUUUAUUGGUGUUCUUAACGGAGUGGAAUUCAGGACCAGGCACAACGAUUACCGUCUCUUCAAGGCCAGUACAAAAAGUACAGACUACCAUGCUACUGAAGAAAUUCCGUUUCCAGAAGUCCCACCAGAAGUCAAAAAUAAAGCUACGAUAGACAAACAAGUCGUUGAGAUGCGCGAAUGGUUCAAGGCGUGGAAAGAUCAAGAUUAUUCAGUUAGAGAUUACAGAAAGUACUUCAAGCCAGUACUCUGUUACCUGGAGGGAGCCUGGGGCACUGCAACCGAAGAUAUUGACGAGCCUUUCGAGAGCGAUCGACAUUUCAUUGACGCAACAUCCUGGUUUGACUUACAAGAGAAAGUUCGCUUUACCUCUUACACCGGAAGAAAAGACAAUCUGGAGAACUUUUCCUUUCUACCAACUACAAUUAUAGAUAUAAUCAAUGGAACCAUCCCCAUCUUUGCGCAAUGGAAUUAUCGGAUUCUGUGUCAUCCCUUACGUCGAGACCUCCCACUCAACAGGUUUCGUAUGGUUGAUGAGCUGCAUUCAAGACUUCCCGCCGAACGGAAAUAUGAGCAACAGAUAAAUACCAGAGCAGCAAGAUUCCAACUCAAUCCCAAAGACUCCAACAAGUGGUCCGACGGAUUCAAUAAUAAUCCCAGAUUCACUUUGCUUGAUAAACUCAUGGGAGAGAUUCCUGGAAAGGACAACUAUGUCGGUAAUCUGAUUGAUGAAGCAUUUAACCUGCCUGCCCAGAGUAUGAACCCCAAGAAACCAGGAAAACUGAACGCUGCUUACUACCAUCGACUGUUCAAAGUGCUGGAAAGAGACGCCAUGGGACAGUCUAUACGUCAUCGUGGUUAUUCAGAUGCAAACCUGUACGUGGCUAUGACCAGUCAACCAAAAGUAGCUGGAAUGAAACUGAAAACUUGCAAAGGACCAAAGAAGAAACCACGCUGCACAACGGUCUCCCAGAAGUACACGUACGCUAUUCCACUUGAAAUAAUCUACAUGACGCCCCUAAACAGAUGGAAUCCAUUCAAUCUUGAGUACAAAGGUUCAGAGAGAGAGGCGUAUGGAAAAACAGUAUUUCAAGGCGGUCGCUCUGGCGGAAUAACUCCCGAGAAGGCUUAUAAUGGUACCAACAGUAAGAAGUACUACCAGACACCCUCUGCAUUUUUCACAGGGCAGGAGAUCAGCACCGAUUCUGCAGACACAGCCAGAAACAGCGUUGGUGUUUUGGAAAGAGAUGGCAAAACCGUGCGGAUCUGUCGAGCAAGUGGAACGCGGAUCUUCUUUCCAGAUAUAAAAGGUGUUGGAGUCUUGCGUCAGCGUUAUCCCAUCAUGCCUAUCCAUGGAGAAGGCAGCGCCGUGUGGAAGGAACUUGAAGCAACGAAAGAUCUCCUCAUGAAAUCACAAUCCUACGGCUAUCUCUAUAGGGAACCAUUUGCAGGCUCUGGUGUUUUGCCGACGGCACCUACAGAUAGACCACUAACACUUCGAAUGGCAGACGCCACAAAGACUCCCCCAGGUCCUCACCAACAUGAAAUAACUUUAGAAGCUCAAGAAGUGAAAGAUGCAAAGACCGGAAGAAAGUCGUUCAGAAAGCUGACGACGACAGGAGCCGGACACCAACAUAGCAUUUUGAUUUCUUGGAGAAACAACAACUGGGAGAUACGACGGUGUGAUAGUUUCGACAAUGAACAGUACAAAUGCCGUGACCAACAUGGCAAGUACCUGAGUGAAGACAAAAGCGCGUAG